CAUAAGACCAUCCACCUUGCAUCACCACUUCCUCUGAUUUCACUUCAUUUGUGGAUGUACUCAUUUUUGAAUGGUGCGUUGGACCUCGAUCCACUCACCAUCACUCAUUACACAUAGCUUCAUGGUUUAUAUUUCACAUUGUUAACGACCAAUGACACGCGAUUACAUUUAAUGCAUCAUAUUCUGCAUGCUCACUGUUACAACUCUCCAUUUGUUGGAUGUGUUGAAGAAUCUAACCAGCUUCCGCCGAUUGAUGAUCAUCUCCAACGACUUCAUGAUUUCCUUCUCUCCCGAUCUUUCUCCCUUCAACACCAAACCUUGGUUGGUGCUGCACUAGGUGUUCAAUAUGCCAAUGAAUCCGUAACCUUCUCGUUCCGUGCCAAAACAUGGAUCAUACAUCUGCAAGACAAUGGGUCCCCACGUCUCACACACACUGCAGGACCCACCUCCUCAUCCACACUUCCUACUGCUCAAAGAGCCCUCAAGGGUCGCGUCAUAGUAUUUCCUGCUCAACCAGAUGCCCAAUGCAGCGAUGUGUAUUACGUUCCAUUUCGCACACUUUCAGAUCGGGACGCC